AUGCCCAACCCCGAACAGUGGGCAGACCCCAAGAACGGUGCUUUCAAAAGACAAGUGUCUGCGUUCCGCGAGACGAUCUCGCCGCAACACCCAGUGUUCAAACCGGCCAAGAACCGGUACUGGCUUUACGUGUCGCUAGCGUGUCCCUGGGCGCACCGAACGCUGAUCACACGGGCCCUCAAGGGCUUGACCGCGGUGAUCGGUGUUUCCGUAGUACACUGGCACAUGGAUCCAAAGGGUUGGAAGUUUUUGCCCACGGAGACAGGUGCCGACGAAGAGCGAGACCGUUGCUUUGAACCCGCUGGAGGAGUCGUGUGUGCGCCGCAGUCGCACUCCGCCGUGGGGAUCACCGGUGAAUCGGCGCGUUUGGGCGUCGACGGCACCAUUGACCAUAAUUACCAGUUCACGCGGAUCAGCGAACUCUACUACAAGGCAGACCCAAACUACGCGGCACGGUUCACCGUGCCCGUGCUGUGGGACUUGGAAACGCAGACCAUUGUGAACAACGAGAGCUCCGAAAUCAUCCGGAUCCUCAACAGCGGCGUGUUCGACGAGUUUGCAGACCGCCAGGUACCUCGCAUAGACCUCGUACCCAAAUCUCUGGAACGCGAGAUCGACGAGAUCAACCAGUGGGUGUACGACGCCAUCAACAAUGGCGUCUACAAGGCCGGGUUCGCGGAAAGCCAGCAAGUUUACGAGCACGAGGUCGCCAAUGUCUUCACGCAUUUGGGAAAACUGGACAAGUUGCUUGGGGACAAGUACGAGCAGCUGGUGACCAAGCACGGCGCUGACGCGGCGCUGUCGAAAUUGUUCCUCGUCGGCGACCAACUCACAGAGGCAGACGUGCGCCUGUACCCAACGAUCGUGCGGUUCGACCCCGUCUACGUGCAGCAUUUCAAGUGCAACAUCACCACGAUUCGUCACGGGUACAAGUAUUUGGACCUAUGGCUGCGUAACAUCUACUGGAACAAUCGUGCGUUCCACGCGACGACCAGUUUCGACCAUAUCAAGUUGCACUACACCAAGAGCCAUCCACGCGUCAAUCCGCUUGGAAUCACGCCAUUGGGACCCAAACCCGACAUUUUGCCGCUUUGA